GAUGAGCGAGCUCGCCAUAGCCGACAACGACGAUGUGUCAGACGAGGACGUCGAGACCAUCAUACGGCUCCUUCCCUUCCUCACGAUCCUGAACAUCCAGAAGUGCCGCGGCGUGACGUCGGACCUGGUGGUGUACCUGGCGCGCAUCAUGCGGCGCCGCAACCGCUGGCGGCUGCCCGCGCUGCGCCUGCGCCUCUACGGCACCGUCGUGCCCGACGCCAUGCCGAUGGUGUAUUCGUUUAUUCUGGACUUCGCGAAAGGCACGCAGCUCGAUCCAAAACCUAGCCCGUACUUAGGUUUUUGAUCCACUCUACUAGUUCAAAUAUACAGGGUGACUUUCCAACGCUUAACCACUCUGUCCUGGGAUAAUGUGCAAAACUCACUAUGGUACCAUCCUAUAUCGUAAGGAAAAAAAUUUGGCUGUCUUAUACAAAAUAUCGAUAGCCGAAAUGUAAAUAGUAGUUUUAUUUUCGCAAUAUUGGGCUGAGCCCAUAUAUUUUUCCUGUACAGAUUAAUUAUUUAGUCUACCUAGCUGCGUAUUAAUGCAUAUUUUGUAGAUUUAAAUAUUUAUUUACUUAAAUAACUUAUUAUUUUCAUAUGUAUGUAUGUAUAAACUCUUUAUUGUACAAAACACAAAUAUGGCACAGGAUAGGCAGUACAAAGGGGAACUUAUCCCUUUAAGGGAUUUCUUCCAGCUAACCUUUAUCAUAUUACCGCCACCGCAUCCCUUUUGGGGUUGUAUUCAUAAAUAUUCUUUCCUAGCUCAACAGUAUCUGUCUAUAUGACACAACUGUUCUAUAUAUUUAAAUGGGUUAGAUUGUUACAUAAUGUACCAAUGAUACUACGCUAAUGUGACACACCGGAAGGGAACUUAUACAGGAUGAAAUUUGUAACCUCAAGCCAUACUCUACGUAGUGACUUUAUAGGUCAUACUGAACAACUUUUAUUAUGGGACCCAUGCGGAAAACGCGAAAAAAAUAGGCUGUUUCAUACAUUAAGCUGACGUGAUGCCGCCGAUUUAUAUGGGACAGCCAAAUUGUUGUUCACGAUUUCGGCAAUGGUCUCAUAAUAAAAGUUAUUCGGUAUGACCUAUAAAGUCACGACGCAGAGUAUGGCUGCUGGUUAAAUUUCACCCUGUAUCUCAAAACCACAACAGUGGUUAUUCUUUUAUUGCGAGCCUUCCCAAAAAACUAUUAAGUACAUUUUAAUUAUGUAUAAAAACAAAUAAAAUGAUAAUGUAGUUAUAGAUGUCAUCACAGAAGCAUAAUAGCGUUAUAUAGGAAAUAUGUGGCGUUUUCAAUCAAAUGGGUACGUAUUGUCGGUUGUCAAAAAGACGCUAUUUCCAUAAUAUAGUUUCAAAAUUAAAUCACUCAUCGACAACCGACAAUGUGGUACCUUUUAGUUAAAACGUUACAUAUAAUAAUAAUUUGCAGGCUGAGUCUGAAAAGAUUGAUUAUACUCUAAGAACUGAAUAUAUACUAGUAUACCUACUAAACAAGUUUCGCUAUGCUACGCCGAAUCUGUAAAAAAAACCGGACCAGUGCGAGUCGGACUCGCCCACCGAGGGUUCCGUACUUUUUAGUAUUUGUUGUUAUAGCGGCAACAGAAAUACAUCAUCUGUGAAAAUUUCAAUUGUCUAUCACGGUUCGUAAGAUACAGCCCGGUGACAGACGGACGGACGGACGGACGGAUGGACGGACAGCGGGGUCUUAGCAAUAGGGGUACCCAAAGGGUAAAACGGGAACCCUUUGGGUACGGAACCCUAAAAAUGGCUACCUCAAUAAAAUCGUCAUUUUAGGUGAAAGUCUUGAAACAUAAUAAUAUAUUAAAACAGUUAUUUUUUUUUGCUAAUAGUUGGAAUGGAAUGGUUCAAAGUAUGGUUGGUAUUUACAUAAUCACCCUGUAUAUCCUGAGGAUACAAACUAAAUUGUAAUAUAUUCUUAAAAUAAUUGUCAGUUAUAGCUUAAAUAUUUUAGGUUACAUAAGUAUUAAUUUAUUUUUAUUUAAUUUAGAAUUAACACAAUAAAGAAUAUAAAG